AGGAAGAAAAGGAAGGGUAGGAUAAAGUCUGUUAGAGAAAGUAUUGGGUCAUUAGUGAGUUGUCGUAGUCACCAUUUUAUCUGUUUGUUUUUGUCAUGCUUAUCCUGAUUGCUAUGGGAUUAUCCCAUGUUGUGCAGAUCUCUCUUGUGGAGUUUCACAGGGUCAUGAAAUCACCUUCGGGGCCCUUGAAUAUCACCAUAUCAUAACAUUGCCUCACAGCAGUGUUGUGCAAUAUGAUCUGAUUUGUGGCCUGGGGAGCAGGUUAGUCCAAAUUUUAUUGUUAACCUCUGUCUUGGAAGCUGGCAUUCCUGUUUUUCUCUAGAGAGAUUAUCUUGCUGCUGAUUAACUCCUCCAUCUUAAAUCACAGGAUCACUAGAAAGUUUGAUAAAUAAGAUUACAGAUGAAGAGCCAGGUAUUCAUCUGACAUAAACAGCCCUUAAAAUUUGAUUUAGAGUUUCAUUAGAUGGAAUCGGGAAAGUUGUUGUGCAGGUCUUUUACUAGGAAGGAAACUUGUUCUGCUGGAAUGACAUUGUUGGUUCUGUGCUUCCUUUCAGAAAUAAAACUUUCCUGUGAGAUUGGUGGCAGGUGGCUCCAGGUGUAGCAGGAGCUCUGCACAUCAAUAUUAGCAUGGCCCUCAACAGUUCAUGAUUCUUUCCUUGACCCUAUUGUGAGGUCCUGGGGCUGGAGGAUGAGGGAGACCUACAGAAAACAGUCAUGGAAGCACACUGGGAGUGAUUUACAAAACCAGGCAAAAGAGUUUUAGAUUUCCUUCUACGAUAACGAGUCGCUAUGCUGUUAUUCUGUCACACGUUGGCUGUAGCUUUCCUUCAGAUCUUUGUCCUCUCCGGGAAUUGGACUCUAGCCAAGAACAUCAACUUCUAUAAUGUGAGACCUCCACUAGACCCUACUCCAUUUCCAAACAGCUUUAAGUGCUUUACAUGUGAUGAUGCAGUUGACAAUUACAACUGUAACAGAUGGGCUGAAGACAAAUGGUGUCCUAAAAAUACACAGUACUGUUUAACAGUUCAUCUCUUCACAAGCUAUGGAAAAAGCACAUCGGUCACUAAGAAAUGUGCUACCAGAGACGAAUGCCACUUUGUUGGCUGUCGCCAUCACAGAGAGACUGGCUAUACGGAAUGUGUCUCUUGCUGCGAAGGGAUGAUCUGCAAUGUAGAAAUACCAACCAAUCACACAAAUGCAGUGUUUGCAGUAAUGCAUGCAUGGAGGAUGUCGCAUGGCAGCAGGAGGACAGUUAAUGUUCCAUUGCUUGCAUCAGUCCUAGCAGUUGUGUUGCUUUGAUGCAGUUUUCCUUGUGGUUCUAAGGGCUAAAUUUUCUGUGCACUAAUGUAAACCAGUAAGAAGAACAUUUUGGUUUGAAAAAAAAAAAUCACUGGCACCCUUCAUUUCAUAACCAUGUAGGACAACAUGAGAAGUUGCAUGAACUUCAUGACAUCUGCCAGUUCUUCAGUGAAAAGAUUUGCAAACAGUUUGCAGUAUUUAAAACAAAACCAAAACAGACACUACAGUGGACUCAACCAAUUAUCAGAAUUCUUCAUUUAGUGGUAAAAGCAUGUGCGUGCUGCACAUUUCUUGCACAAAGAAAAUAAAUAUCUGUUGGCAGUCACUCUACCAGGUGAAACAAAGGAAACUUCUAGAUGGCAAAGUUAAGUUGGAGCUGUGCCAAGCUAGUCUUAAUAGGGUUUUUGUUAUUUUUCAGAACUGACUUGUAGCACUGGGUCUGGUAGCUGACUUUUCAUCAGCAAAUGUGUUGUUAAAUUCAUGUUUAAUUGCAGUGCUCUUAGAAAUAACAGUACAUAUUCCAAGAAAGCGUCUGAAAAAGCACAUUUCCAUUUUGGUCAUAAUUCUCAUGCCAACUGAAAAUUAUGCAAAAUAAAACUUUAACUGUAUUUGUCUCUCAUGUCUAUGCCAUUGCUGCACAUCCUAAAACUAUAAAAUGAAGUGACUCCAUGUGCAAGUCAAAAUUCUGAUUAAAGAUUAUAAAUUACUUCAGUCCCUAAUGUCAUAUUUAGGGAUGUACCAGAAAGUGGCCUCAUUUUUGCAAGACUGUUGUCUCUCAUUGUCUUUGGCAUUUCUGAGUGCUGAGUACUUUCACUUAUCUAGUCACCUGUGUAUAGGACCAUAACGUCAGGUACCCAGUUGAAAAGUUUGACCAAGAAUUCUAAAACUAACGUACCAGUCUUACUAUUUUCUUUCAUAGCUAUAGUAGAAGUUUUAAAUUUAUGUCCCUAUUUUGAACAUCUGCAAAUAUUGGAAGUGAUAAAAUUUAAGUUA